AGUAGCUGUUUACCCAAAAUCGAUAUGCAAGCGUCCAGUAAUCACCGAUGAUCAAGCGAAGUUUUUAAGUUAAUUUCGAUGAGAUCUAAGAAGAUACUAUGUAGAAGAAAAUGGAGCAUAUAACUGAUGAUGAAGCUGAAGAAACAUUCAAAGAUUUUGAAGAAUUUAGGUCUAUGCAAGAUAAUAAUAUGUAUGGCGUGGAACAAGAUUCUGAUGACAAAGUUAUAAAGGUCAAUGCUAAAACAACUACAGAGGAAAGUGGAAGAGGUGGUAAAAUGAUUACUGUAUCUGAGGCUGAUGAAAGAAAGGUCAAAGAAACAGUUAGUUCCAGUAAUUUUUCAAGUGAUCCGGUCAGUUUAGAGGAGAACAACGUUGGUGAUAGAGAUGAUGUUGUUUCUUAUAAAGAAGAGUUAGAUAGCACAGAUUGUAAAAUUCCUAUAGAUACAGCCUCAACAACAGAUAUAUAUGAAUCAAAUAAAGUAGUUAUUAAAACAGAGAGUAUCACUGGAGGAUAUACUUUCAAAUGUACGAUUUGUUCAAAAUGUUAUAAGUGUCGGAAAAGUGCCGAUUAUCAUGUGAAGAUAAAACACAAGGCCUACAGCUUGUUCUGUCAAGUUUGCGGGAAAACUUUUAAACUCAAGUACGAUCUUGACCGACAUUUAAAUGUCCACAGUGGUAUACGACCUUAUCCGUGUCCGGAAUGUGAUAAAUCAUUUGUAUGUAGGUCAAGUCAGAUGCGACACAGGAAGUUCCAUCAUUUAGUUGGCGACAUUUAUAAGUGUCAUAAUUGUGACAAGACAUUCCGUGCGGAGUCGGAUCUAAAACGUCAUCUGUUUACACACACGGGAGAACGACCCUGGUCAUGUGAUCAGUGCCCUAAAUCGUUCGUCAGCAAAUCAAGUUUAAAAGUUCAUGAGAAGAGCCAUGAUGACUCGCAGAAAUUUUCUUGUGUAGUGUGUAAAAAAAUGUUUCACAUAAAAACUGAUUUGACAAGGCAUGAAAGCACACAUACAGGAGACCUGAAAUGGGAGUGUGCUAUUUGUCAGAAAAAGUACUCCGGGAAAUCUGCUGUUAAAAGACAUAUAAAAGAUGCGCACAUUUUUGGCAAGGUGAAAUACCGUAAGGAUAAGUUAAAAAUUGAAGAUUUGCUUGACUCUAUAUCAGAAAGUAGUGGUGAACUGAAACAAUUUGAAGC